AGACAUGAGGAGCACCGAAGAGGAGAUGAGGCUCCAUGAGCAGAGAGGAGAUCAGCAGAAUGAGGUGAGUGAAAGAGUAGAAGUCACUCCACUCAUCAAGCUGUCUCUCUCGUGUUUUUUAGAGGACAUCAAGGAAAAUCUCCAGGCAGAGCUGCAGGAAACAGAGGCUAGGAUCGACGCAAAGGAGAAGAGGCUGGAGGAAGAACUGAAAAUUGUCAUAGAGAAAAUUAAUCACCUGAUUCAGAAGAAGGAUUCUCUACUAAAACAAGUUGGAGUGUUGACACCUCACCUGGCAGCCUCGGAAGGCUUCCAGCAAAUGACUGGUGAUGAAGAGCCCCAAGGUCGACAUGAGGCACAGCAACUGUCCCAAGCAGAGAUGCUGAAGGUUGAGCAUGUCUCAAAGAUGGUGGAGGAAAAGUGGACUCAGUGGGAAGAGAUCUACACAGGCUCUUCUAUUGAAUCUGCUGCAUCAUCAUCAUCAUCAUCAUCUGCAGCAGCAGAAGCAGCAGUAGCAGCAGCAGCAGCAGCAGCAGCAGCAUCAUCUAAAGGAGCCUUGGUUCCCCAACCAGAGAAGUGGAGCCCGGGCUGUUCAUCCAUCUCCAGCACUGACACAGAUGCUGCUCAGCUACAGGACGACUUCCUGGAGCUUCUGAGUAUGGCUUGUGUAUUUCUUGUCUGAGGGACAGUGAAUUGU